GGCAAAUUAGCCCCUCUUCCGCGCGCUCCCCCAUUCGGCCAUUCCUUCCCCCCGCUCUCUUCCUCCUCCCUCCUCGAUCCCCUCCACGCCAGCCCUGCCGCGACCACGGACGGGCCCGUGCCGCCGCUUCCGCCGGCCGUACUCCCCCGCGCGUGCCUGUGGGUCUGGAGCGGGCGGAUUUGCACGGCGCGUUCUUGGGCCGCCGCCUUGCGCUGCGCCGUGCUGUCUCCUCCUCCAGUCCUGUGCAGGUGCGCAACAAUCCGGUCCCGUGAGCCGAGGAUUUGAAUAACCCGCCACUCCUGAACCCCCGACGGGCCGUUUCUUCCGUCCUUCCUUGGCGGCUGCGAGUCCCUGCGCAGUUUGCUUCCGAGCCUUUCGAGAUUCCGCGGAGAUCUGCUCAGUUCGUGCCGCUCUUGUCUGGUUCUGAUGCGCGGACGGCUGCUGCCUGUGAGGCGUUGCGAGGAGCUGAGGCCCGUCUGAGGUGGGAGAGGAAAGGAGCUCGUGGCUCGACGGAAAAACAGUCCUUUCGUUCGUUGCCCACGCCUGCGGGCCGCGGCCUGUUUCUCUCCAUUCCAGGCUUCUUCCAGUUCCAGCCAUGGAGGAGGUGGAGGUGGCCAACCGGGCCGCGGUGGAGAGCUGCCACCGUGUGCUGGCCCUGCUCUCGCAGCAGCGGGACCCGGCCCUGCUCAAGAGUGUAGCGUCAGAGACGGCCGAAGCCUGCGCCAAGUUCAGGAAGGUAGCCGCCCUCCUCGGCAGCGGUGUCGGCCACGCUAGAGGCAGGUUCUCCAGACGAGUCCGGCCUCUGGGGCUCGUUGGCCACAAGAGCCCCGUGGGGAGCGGCGGCAACAACCCGGUGGAGAUGCUGCCCAGCGCCGCCGCCGUUACGUCCCCGUCUCCGUCAACCAGCUACCCGCCGCAAAUGCGCGCUCGGCUGAACGGCGUGCCAGACCCACGAGGGCUGGACAUGGCCUGCUCCAGCAGCAGCAAGAGCGGCGGCGUUGGCGGAGGCGGCGCUCAUCCAUUCGGCGGAGCGCCGAAGCUGGUGCAGCCGCUGUCCGUGCAGUUCCAGAUCGGGAACGUCGCGCACAGGUACCCGUUCCACCAGCAGCCGCCGUCGCGGCAGAAGCUGCAGGCCGCCGAGAUGUUCAGGAGGAGCAGCAGCGGGACGAUCAGCCUCAAGUUCGAUAGCCCAAUCCCUAGCGGUGGCGGUGGCGCCGCUGGCACCGUGUCGUUCGUGUCGUCCUUGAGCAUGGACGGGAGCGUGGGCGUGGCAAGCUUGGACGGGAAGCGGCCGUUCCAUCUGGUCGGCACCCCGGUGGCGGCGAGCGACACGGCGGCAGACGCCCACCGCGCGCCCAAACGCCGGUGCACGUGUAGAGGAGGCGAGGAGGAUGGGAGAGGCAACAAGUGCGGCACCUCCGGCAGGUGCCAUUGCUCAAAGAGAAGGAAGCUGCGGAUCAAGAGGUCGAUCAAAGUGCCAGCCAUCAGCAACAAGGUCGCCGACAUACCUCCCGACGAGUACUCGUGGCGCAAGUACGGGCAGAAGCCGAUCAAGGGCUCCCCGCACCCGAGGGGCUACUACAAGUGCAGCAGCGUCAGGGGCUGCCCGGCGAGGAAGCACGUCGAGCGGUGCGUGGACGACCCAGCGAUGCUGAUCGUGACGUACGAAGGCGAGCACGGCCACACCCAGCUGCCGGCGCAGCCUUCCACCCAGACGUAGAGGACUCAGCCAGCAGGCCCCCAACGAAGCAGAAAGAAGCGCCGCCCGCCCGGGGCCAUCCAGUGCCUUCGAUUCCGGCCCCAACGCAGCGGCGACGGAUGAGCUUGGAAGCCGUUUGGGCGAGCUGCUCGGGGGCCCUCCUGAGCUAGCUAGUACUACACAACACUGUUGAAUAAUUAGACAAAUUCCAAAUUAAAUUCCGAAUAUAAAUC